CUGGGCCAUGGGAAGUGGACACGUACCAUUUUGGACAUUAUGCAGAAUGUUAAAUUAGCCACAAGCAGUUCGAAACCGCAUUUAUUUAGUGACAUCUUUACAGUCUGUCUUGAUUUGUGCUGAUAGUCAUUCAUUAGUUGUCUUCGCCUUUCUUGCGAUGAUGGCGUCGCCAAUGAAACGCUUCUUCUUCGCAUUUUUACAAUGGCUUAUUUUACUCCCUGUGUCUUCAGCGAUGAUUAAUGGCUUUACAACAGUAGUACAAGCUGGGAGAGUAAAUUGCUUCUAUGAAAAAAUCGAUACUAAUAAAUCAUUGGAAAUAGAAUAUCAGGUAAGAAUGUCCUGACUUAUGACUGUGAAGGUUGUCCUUUUAUUUUUAAAUUACGAGUACUGUUUACUGUCCAGUCCGCUGAAUAAACUUUUGUGUAGUGUAUCCAAAGAUGGGUAGUAAAUGAAACAAUUCGGCAGUUUAACGCUGAAGUUGUGUAUUAACAUCUACAGUUAGCUCUAAAGACGUUUCCUUGGCUUAACAACUGGAGUUCUCCAAUACUUGACUUGUUGACGACUCCAAAGAUGCAAUAAAACGAAAUUUUAAUAUGAUACAUAUGUAAGCCUAAGCUAAACUAAGCUUAAUGACUGGUUGCUCCAUGAACUGAAAGAAAAAUUUUUCCUAGUCAGGUUCCAUUGCUAGGCAACUAUUUAUGUCUUAAAAAACCCUUUUCAUUGCUUAUUAGUGUGCUAAAAUAAAAUCGUGAACCCUUUCAUGAAGUUGAAACUUUGGAGAUUUGACUGAUCCCAAUACAGACUCUCGAUCUUUGUGAAACACUUACCACAUUCCAAUACAUGAAAAAGAUACUCUGCAUUAUUUCACAUAAUUUUACUUAUUACACUUGAAGCAAGGAUGAUGUAUCUUUCCUAAAGUAUGUAAUUAUUUUAUAGUUGCUAUAUAUGUGUUUGUUUAUCUUAUAAUUUUGUUGGAAAUUUUUGUUCUUUUUGAAAGUUAUCAUUACUCGAUCAUUAUCAAAUAUUUUGCCAUUUGUGACUUACUUUAAUCCCCCAGCCGACUCCUCAAAACCAGCUGGCACUGACCAGAUUUUGAAGCUGCAGGCAAUAUACCAUUGAUGCGAUGGUAUAUUAUCCCAAUAUACAAUCACAAGCUCGCUUCAACGUGGCAGCGCGGCAGGCUAGCUGUUUAGGCUUGAUUGAAAUUUAAAGAAAGAGAGAGUUUACAGCAAUCUGAAGACAAAAUGGCCCCAUUACUGUCUCUAACUGAACGGAAAAAAUGCUAGAAUACACAAAAAAUAUUGCUCGAUAGAUAUCAUCUACUUUUUGAAGAGUAUAUACGUGGACAGUAAAAUAUUUGUUCAUUUGCUCAAAAUAUGCCAAAAAACAGGCAAACGUUUUGAAGAAAAUCUACAAGGAGGAUAGACUGUUACGAAAGUAGAAAUAUUUUGAAUUGAUCAUAAAACAGUCAUUGAAUUCAGCUUUCAUACGUGACAUGAAGAAUUAUGCAGAUCUCAGAGGCUAUUAUCCAUCUCGGGGCUUUGGCCUCAGUGGAUAAUGCCAUCCUCAAUUACCUCAUUUCAUACUCAGCCUCAUUCAGUAAUUCUGUUGAAUAAGUAUUAAGUUCAAAAAUUCACACCUGAGAUAAAGCAGUGAGUAGGAUAUAUCAUUUUUAUCAGUUCCAACCCUUUCUCGGCGUUGUUCAAGCACUGUUGCCAUCAUCUGAUCCAGUUCCAGUUCCAGUUUUAUUUUUGUUUUUGUCUGAUUAAACCACAAUAAAUUACUCAGUGAUUUUUUUUUUUUGUGGGCCAAGUUUUUUUUAUUUAUUUAUUUCUGACACACAAACAAUAUUACGAUACUUUACAUUUAGAAUCCUUACAAUUAAUUCUGAUUAAUUUUCAGUGAUUUUGUCACCUUUGCAUCUUGCCUCCCUGAUUUAUAAAAAUCCCCAAAGACCCUAAAUAAUUCAUCAAAUGCAUCCUGUAGGACACAGAGAACGAUCCAUCACUUUGAAUAUUUUUUUAUCCUGUUCAAAAUGCCUCAAAACAAGACGCCAUCUUGGCUCGGGUCACAAAACAGUGAAUAGCUAAGAAUAUUCCAAGUUACGGGAGCCAAUCAAAAAGUGCGAAAAUUGCUAUUCACUGAUUUGGUAAAAACUAAAGUUCAAUAUUUUCUUUAAAAUCAGAGUUUCUGUGUUAGCUUUGGAAUAAGCUCAGCAAUAAUUUUUUUUUGUAUUAUGCACAUUAUUCUAAUGUGGUUGAAGGUAGCAGGUUCAGAGGUAAUAUAUAUUCUUAAAUUUCCCAUGAAUUGACCAAAUUGUCAUCACUAAUACAUAACCAAGCCAAAUCCCUUCAAUAUUAUUUUACACCCAGCUGACUUUGGUAUUUAAUUAAUCUCUUGCACAAUUAUGACCUAAAAGGGAAGAGGAAGAUAGGAAACAGAAUAGUGCUACUUAUCCUGUAUUCUCUUUAAAAUUUGAAAGAGUUUUACACUGUUAUUAAUUUUUAUAUGCCAGUAACUACAGAAAUCUCAUGCACACACAUACUAUACAUGUCAAUUUAUAUACUGUGACUCUAAUUACUUAUUCAUCAUUAGGAAUGUUCCUUAGAGAUCAAGUUUAUAUUUUUUUGCCUUAAAAGGUUUAACUCUGAGAGUCUUGUAUUUGGUGGACUCCUCAGGACUACAGCAAGCUUGUGUUAGCUUAAGAUAGGUUUCUUCCAAAUACAAGUUUGUGUUACAGAAAGCAGGGAAGAUAUAUAUAGGGAGACACCUUAAUACGGGGUCAACUUAGCCAGUUUUUUUCACUCUAUAACCUUUAACUUGUUUUAAUAUCAAGGUUGUUGAAGGAGGUGGAGAAAUGGACAUUAGCUUUCAAGUAGUAUCACCCAAUGGAGUUGUGCUAGUGAAUGAUGAAAAGAAAGGAGACGAGGUACACAGUAUUGUAACAAGUGAACCUGGUGUCUACUCAUUCUGCUUUGAUAAUUCAUUCAGUACUCUGGCACAGAAAGUUGUGUAUGUGGACUUAGGUCUCGAUACUUCUGAUGAGGAUUCCUGGGUCAAGUCAUUAGAAGACGGUGACUUUGAUGGUACUGAAUUGCAAAUGGAGAGCAUUAGGGUAUGUUAUUUUUAGCCCUUCAGCUUCUUGAAGUGUCUAUAUCUCUUUACAGUAAACCUGGCGUAGUCAAUUGAGCGUUCAGUAAUAUUUAUUGAACCCAAUGGAACUCACCCAAAAGUUUUUCCUAUUGAACACAAUCAAACGUGCGGAAAUCGAACUCUGCAACAAUCGAACAUAAAACCAGUUUCAUCUGGUUUCAAACAAGGUGUAGUGGGUGGGAGUGGUUGGUGCAAGAAAGAACAGGGCGAGCAAGGGAUACAGCCUCCCCUCGCGUGUCUCCCUCUCGUGCGCCCCUUUUUUCUUGUGCCCAAAUACUUCCAAGCACCUACUGCUAUGCAGGCUAGUAAUGAGCCGGUAGUGCUAGUAAUGACUAUUUUGGAAAUGCUCUACGUUGUUGCGUGUGUUCAGAUCCAGUUAUAUGGUGUCCUUUUCUAAUCGAAACUUUAUCAAAGAAGGUUUGGCUAGUAUCCUAAGAAUAUCUCUGGGUGGUAUUGUUUCGGGAAGGAAUUUUACAUUGUUUAAUUGGGCCAUUCAUGUUUCCCAGUAUUAAUUGUGAAUUUAUCUAUUUUGAAUCACUUUAACAACAAAGAUUUUAGUUAAUUCAAAUAUUUUCUAUUUCAAACUGCUUCACAUGUGAAACAUGUGAAAUCUUUGUCAUAUUUGUUGUGAGCUCUAGCAAAACAAAAGUUAUAUAAAAACCAAUUGAACAACAAUUAUUGGUUUUUAGUGUCAAAAUUGACUACACGGGGUAAAAUGCUUGAAUUUAAUCAUGGGGGGGGAAUUAUUAAAUUUUAGUCAAGGGUUAGGUGCUAAUUCAGAGGUCCAUGCCUACUUUGUUUUUCCAAAUUUUGGCCUCAAAAAAACAUUGUCUUUAUUGCCAGAAAAUACACACUGUAAGUCAUUAAACUAGAACAUAUCUGUAAAAAGAUGUACAAGUCUGUGCAUUAAUUGCUAUCAAUUAAUGCACACAGUCAAACAAUUGUCAAGUUCACUAGUCAGGAAAUGGCAUAUAUGUCUUAUGGCAGUUGGGAGGCUUGUAAAAUUUUCUUCUAGUGAAAAAAAAAGUUUUGAAAACAUGUGAAAUCUUGCAACUUGUUGUGAGCUCUGGAAAACAAAAGUUGGAAUAUCUUGCACAAGCAAGAUGACAUUAAGAAGCGAAAAAGGUCAAAAAAGUGAAAUGCUGAUUGGCUGAUUGAUCUUUCACGUGUUUUUCAAUGUUUGCUGACAUUUUCGCUCAUUUCUGCUUCACGCUCAUGAUUGGAAAUCUCACAGCUCAGUUGAUGGAGAGCCACAGGGGAAUUGGAGGCGGAUUUCAAAUUCUAGAGACAUAGUUGCGUGCUCUUCUUCCUUUCCCUGCCCCGCCACCAGAAUGCCCCUGAGAGCUUGGUUGCAGGCUAUAAGAUUAACAAAUAGAUUCCAUGUUGCUGUGCGUCUGUUCAGUAAUAGAUCACAGAUGACGUCAAAAUGUCGUAAAAACGAAGAAGUGGCACACGAGCCGCAGGCGAGUGUGUAACUGUUGUUUUUACCACAUUUUGACGUCCUCUGUGAUCUAUUACUGAACAGACCCACGGCAACAUGGAAUCUAUUUGUUUUAUACAAUGAUCAGAAAAGAAAAAGACCGAACCACUUGACCUUUUGAGGAUUUGUGCUAGUUUAGGCAUUUUUUAAGUCCCAAACCCAACUUUUCAUCUUAGCUUCUUCUUUAUCUUACUUGUGUAAAGUUUUUCACCGUCUUUCCUUGCUCAAAGAAGAAUAAUAGUGAAAACAUUUUGCAAAACAGCAAGUCUCUCGUAGCAAAGACACACUAUGGCAACUGUUGUGAAGAUUUCUUGUAGUUUAGGCAUUGUCUAGUAGUCAGUAGCGUUUUUGAUCUCCGUUUCUCCAUUUUUCUUCUUUGUAAAUAGCUCCUGCUAAACUUUUUCCGAAGCUUUCACUUGCCUCAAUCCGAAAUAAUCUCACAAACAUUUUCAAAACCGCGUGCCAUGUUGAACAAAACAAAGAAAACAAGUUUCCCCUGACGUCAUCCAUGUAUCUGUACUCUAACAGAUCAUGGGCAACGACCAAUCACAGCGCGCAUAGCAUUCACAUCAUUGUGUAAUACUGUAAUACUUUCUAACAUGAUAACUUUUUAGAGCACUCUCAAACACACUCUCAAAAUUAAUGCGCUAUUUUUUUUUUUAAAACACUAUCUGUGAGCUCUCCAGCCCAGCCCAAGUGAGUGGGGCAGGGGUUCUUUUUUGGACCAAUUUCAGAGGCUGUCUUGCUAUCCAAUAAUGCACUGCCUUGAUGUGGGUCAUAUUAAGAACCCUUAAAAAUUAUCAGUAAUUUUUGAAAAAAAAAUCAAUUGAAGUUAUAGUUUGCAGAAUCCUUUGGUAAUCAGUUUUAAAUGGCAGUCUAUUUAUGUCCUUCAAGCAGAUAUUCUCUGUUUCCUUUUUGUGAAUUAUUUAUAAGCUUUAAAACUCAUAUUUAUGAAUAUAAUUAGGACAAAGUCCAUCAGGAAAUUGAGUAAUAAUAGUUUAAUUUUCAGUGGACAAAAACCUUGUACCAGAAUAAUUUACACAAUAUUGAAUUCUUUUUAACAUUUUUCAAGAGCUAUAGAUGUAAUUAGGUAUCUGUAAUAACACCAAAGAAAAUUUCUUACGAGAUCCCGAGAAAAUGAAUGUCAAAUUUCAGAAAAUGGCAUCUUACACUGAGUUUUCACAAUUCUUUUGAAAUUUGACAAUUAUUUUCUUGGGCUCCCAAGAGAAAUACUCUUUGGUGUUAUUACGGAUAACUAAUAUUAUUAUACCUAUAGCCCUUGCAAAAUGUAAAAAAGGCUGUGAUAUUGUUUAUAUUAUUCUGUACAAGGUUUUUGUCCACUGUAAAUUGAAAAUUACUCAAUUUCCAACUUUGUGUUAUCAAAAUAAUUAUUGUAAUAAUUAUAUGUGUGACUUAAUUCUUUCUCACUCUCUCUCAUUAACAGAAUACUCUUGCAAAUAUCAAAGACACACUUGAGAAAGCACAGCAUUACCAGGCCUACUUGACUAAAAAGAAUUUCAAGAGUCAUGCCAUUGUCAGUAGAAGCUCAAGCAGGGUUUUUUGGUGGUCACUUAUACAAAGUAUUGCUCUCAUUGGAGUGGGUAUUUGUCAAGUUUUAAUUGUAAAGAAUUUCUUUGGAAAUGGUAAAACUAACCAGAGGAUUUAGACUCUUCUUUGGACUAUGCCAUUGUUGUUUUGAAAGAAAUUAUUUCUAGACAUCUUUUCCUUACCUUUUUAUAUUAAAACAUGUUUUAUAUCAUCUUUGUAUUGGUAUUAAUAUAUAAAUUAUGCUUGCUGGUACUAUUUAUGUACAGCUGUCCCACAACUUGCUGACAGCAUAGUGUAAUUAUUCGCUUCUGUGACAGAUAUAAGGCACAUUGUAAUUUUGCAUCAAAAUGUUACAGGUGUGGCCUAUAAUUCUACCAACUUAAGACUCAAUAUAAUGUCUAGGUGAUCUUCUUUGUCAUCUCGCCAACACUUUUUUACUCCGCAAUAAAUUAUCAGUGUUUUAGUACAAAGAGUAACAAUGUGUAGAUAUAACUAUGACAAGCUUGAUGCACAUUUCACUAGCAUAUUUCCUUUUGUAGGCAAACCUUUACGCCAGCAGAUACAAUGUCAAUCAGAACAACUGCAGUCUGGGCUGGAGUUUAUAGUAGGGUCUCUGGUAAUUCAGUUUGAGGAGAAAUUAAGUAAUAUAAUUAUAAGGGAGAAAAAAUUAAUAUUAAUAUUAAAUUUUCAUAAUCUCACAGUUUAUUCUAAUCAUUUUGAGCUUGAUAAUGGUGUCAUGACAACUCCGAAACGUCAUUCAUUUUUAGCAUCAAUUUUGUCUUACUUAUGUUGUAAAUUUGGUUAUUUUUAAUCAAUUUAGAUAAAAAAAGCAACCCACUAAAAAUUACGUUACUGGCUAUUAGAAUCUUGAGAAGAUAUUAUAUAAGUAACUGUAAACAGCAAAAUGUUAAUUUUUUUAUUACUGAUGUAGAAGCUGAUUCCAACCUAGAUCACUUAAUGAAAUGGGUGAUGGUAACCAACAACCAUUUUUUCUAAAGCCCUUUGAUCACUUAACCUGCAGUAGCCUGUUCCAGGCAUUCAGAUAGUGGGGAGCGUUGCGAAGUAAAAAGGAGGGGGAAAAAAAUAAAAGCGAGGGAUGAGGAGAGGUGGGAGAGGGAACGCCUGUAAGAUUUGUUUUAAAUAGACUCUUCCGCCCACUCAGACCGCAUCAGCUGUAGGUGGUCUUCACUUGUCAAUCAAGACUGGUGUUACAGCGCCAUACAUUUAUUAUUUUUUUGUGAAUAAAUCAAAAUUUCUUAGAUCAAAAAUUAAUAUUCUAUCCUGCCUUCAUUCCAACGCACGCUUUAUUCGAGGAAAAAGCUGGAAAAUAAGACUUUUUCCAAAGCCAGUCAGUAAAAUUGCGAAGACAUCUAUUCUGCCGACUAGGUGUUUUAAAACAAUUUCUUUGCUCUUCGCGUUUAGCCUCCACGUUUGGAAAGUCACUCAGCGCUGUGUUUGUUGCGAGUUCGAAUUCUGCGUGACGGGAUGUAGAGCCUGUCAUCACUGCCAUAUCGCAUUUCUCUCUGUGAUGGAAGAUGCUUCACUGUUGACAAAAACUGUCAAAAUCAACUAAUCAGAGGGUAUACCAGGAUCUGAUAUACCCGAACGCACUUUUGUUAAAAAUUCUUACAAGCGUUCCCGCAUCUCUCUCCUCAGUCCCCCUCUUCUUUUCAUCGCUUUCUUCACUUUGCACCGCUCUCCACUAUCUGAAUGCUUGGAACAGGCUACACCUGCAGUUCCAUUUUGAACAUUUGACUCGAGGGAGAAGGAGAUGUUAAAGUGAAGCAACAUUGGUUUCUUCUUUUUUAAGAAAUGUUAGAAUCAAAGUUUGGUAGCGGCUGUGAACUACUAAUUCCAGGAUACUACAUUAAUUUUGUAAAGCAUUAUAAGGGAACAUUGAUACCGUACAUUCUCUGAGGGGGGCUUAUAUAAGUAUUUCAAACACAUGUUGGGGGGGGGCAUUAUUUAAUUUGGCAAAGAUGAUAGUAUCAGCUCUCUAAAGUAGAAUGAAUGCAAAGUGGAACAGAUUCAUAUGAUUGCUACAAUCACUGUGACCCCUGGAAAAAGGUUUAGUGAUCACAGCGACCACCCUCAAGCAAUAAUUGUAGUGGUUGCAGUGAUAGAAAGGAAAAUCAGAGAAGGGGUGUCUGUGAUUCACCGUUGCUAAUCGUGUAUGGAGGCCCCGUGAUUUUUCCCAGAAUGUGUGGAAAAUGAUUUGAUUGGCUUUUCCUCAUAGAUUACUACAGCAUGUUAAUGAGGGAUUUUGAUUGGCUUUAGGGCCUUUCGUCAAAACAUAGCAGGCAACCAGAAAA